AUGGAGAAACAGUUGUAAAAUGUUUAGCACAGGGGUAUUUUUGUAGUUUUAUUAAAAAAAAAGAUUGAUUAAAGAAAACUGAAAUAGCAGCACGCUGCACGCGUAAGAUUGACGAACAAUCUCUCUCCUCUCUCUGCGCACCAGCCAGUCGCACCACCCCCUCUCCAUCUGAAGCUGCGCCACCGCACCAUACACCAUACACCGUGCACCAUACACCGUACUUUUUGAGUCGUACUCUGUGUGAGUGGGCCAACAUCAACAAGUGAAAGGCCUGAGAGUCCACGGCAGAGUUACCACCGCCCACCGGCCAAUCAAAUAUAUCUCUGUUUGCCGACCUCUCUCCAUAGACAACUCCCAAUUCAGGAAUCUGGUAGAUUACUUGCUGGAGAAAAGGGUCUCGCUUGAUUAAGUGCUCUAUAGAAGAUUCUUAGAGUGAGACAGCAACAUAUGAUUUCACAAGUUGCAUAUCUUUAUCCAGUAAAGACCUUGAUUGGUGCAACUCAAGAGCUUGAACUUGAUUCAUUUCCGAGUGGGAGUAGAUCAGGGACUCCUGGGGGAAAUAUAGAUGAGAACAAAUCAAGAAACCAAGGAACCUUGACUAUAUCUAGGGUGCAGUUAAAUAUGCUUCCUUUUACGCAGAUGACAUUUUUCACUGAUAAGAAGCAGAUCCAGGGAUCGACGACUGCUCUAGGAUACGUCGCCCAUGUCAUCUCACUCAUAGCUUCAUACCUACACGUGCCUUUACGUUAUCCUUUGCGUUUGGGUGGUUCUCAUUCAUAUAUCAAAGACUGUGCAGUGUUUAAUAAUCCAACAUCAUCAGGAUCUAACUCAACUUCCUUGGCUGCUGAAAAUAAGAAGUGUUUGGAAUUUCCACUUUUUUUAGAUGGGCAAGAUGCAACCAGAGCAGCUUAUGCAAUAUUUCUUUUAAACAAGGACAUAUAACAAUUGUUGAAUUAUGUUGGGAUUGAAAGCUUAGGGCCUCGACAUGUAUUGGCUAAUCUGAAGGAGCUCUUUAAAACCAAACUCUCGCCAGAGUUUAUAGAAAGUGACUGACACCAAACCUUCUUGUAAGCUUAGUAUAGUUUUUGUAAAUACAUUUAGAUUUAUUUUCAUACCGGGUGCCUUUUCAUUUUUUUUAUUAUCAUUGAGCACCUUAAAAAACUCAAAACAUAAAGAGAUGUGUAUUCUUUGUGAAGCCAACAUAGGAUUGGCGUUGUCACACAUGCCAACAACUGAAAUUUGCAUUCUUUUUUGUGUAGAGUAGUGUUAUUAGGUCUGGCGCUGUAUGAAUUUCUGUAUACAACUGAGAUAUCCAAAGGAUAGGCAGAAGAAUAGAGUAGUAUUUUGAUGAGAAUGAACAUAGUAAUGUUCUUGAUGUAGCAGAUUAUGAAUGUUAAUAAUUUCAUGACUCUAAUUACUUUACAAUUAUCUUUA